AACAUACAUUAGCACUGAUUCGCGCUUUUAUAUACAUAUAGUAUAUACAUAAUACAUGUAUCUAUUAGUUGUCUCAUUGCUUUCGCCUGUACGUAACACGUGGUAACACGUUCUCAACAAGUUGGAAUAUUUAUUACAUUUAUUGCGAUAUAUUUGAAGCUGGAACAUAUUACUCUCUAUUGAUAAUGUCUGAAAUAAUUAUACGAAGAGCGAGACGUGAGGAUUGUAAAGCCAUCAGAGCGCUUAUACAGGAACUGGCUGACUAUGAAAAGAUGCCUGAUGGACCAGAAAUUAACUAUGACACCUUAGAAAGAGACGGUUUCGACGGGCAACCAUUAUAUCUGUGUAAUGUGGCAACGUCUAACGAAAAGGUCAUUGGAUAUACUAUCUUUUACUACACUUAUUCCACUUGGCAUGGAAAGUCUAUGUAUUUAGAAGAUAUCUAUGUGACGUCGGAUUUUCGAGGGAAACACGUUGGCAGCAAGCUUCUAAAAGCCGUCGCGAAGGAAGCAAUUGAAAAUAACUGUCACAAACUGGACUUUGUGGUUCUCAAGUGGAAUCCAGCGCAAGAGUUUUAUAAAAUAUUUGGAGCGAGUGAUCUGACGUCUAAGGAACAGUGGCACUAUUAUCGUUUUUCUGAAGAAGAGUUGAAAAAAUUAGCCUCUAAUUGUGAAUAGCAUAAAAUUAAUUAUAAUUGAUAACGGAAAUUAUUUUAAUAUAUUAUGUGUGAGUGCAUAGAAAUAUUUAAACU